AUGUUAUGCCCGGACCUAUGGCGAUUUGUACCACCGUCAUAUAGUAACACGAUCCUCGUAAGCUCGAGCUGGAGCAAUGAUCGAAGAUCAGACAAAAUGCGAAAGGAAAUCAACUCGCGUCACUUCAACCAUACGCUCUCGAUAAUUCUGCCCGCUUGCGGACGUUCGACUGCCAACGAGCUGGAAGAAAAGCUCAGUGUCGCAAAUGAUCCUGGCCACUGCUCUCUAGUUCGCCAAUUUCCUUUAAUCGAGGCGCUAAGGCAUGAAUUUCGCGAAGCAUUUGUUAGGCAGGGCACCAUUUACGCAAUCACUGCCAAGGGACGCCUGGAAAGCGACGACUGUGUAGCACUCCGUCCAGACGGAGUUCUGCAUCUUAGUCUGCACAGUGAAACCCACCAACGUCUCGCUUUAGGCGAUAGUCUCGUUACCCAUCAUAAUGGAAAAUAUGUUUUGAAACUGGAUUUACGGUCCACCUUAAGCGACGAUGUGCAGCGAGUGGAUCGUUUAAGAGACCGCUUAACGGCGGAGGCAUUCACAUGCGAUCUACUUAUUCGUUGGAUACCGCCCAUUCAUUGUUCUACGCUGCUUGGCACAGCUGCCGACGUUGUCGUCAGUUCGACGUCGCUUGAGCACUAUCUGGCAACUCUUCGAAGGUUGACUGUUAUUUCACUACCUAUCAACACUUUCAUACGUACUGAACGCCGUGACGAGUUCAUACCCAUGUUAGGAGACAGUGUUAAAAACGAUUUCUGCACCGUUGUGGAACUUCUCGAGUACAUAGGGAUGAUUGUUCUCGGCUGUGAAACUGUAGCCGACGACUAUUUGAACGAAUACAGUUUCGACACGACGUCGGCAAUUAGCGCCAAUGACUCAACGUGGCUUUUACAUGGUCAAGGAGUGUUCACCCCGGAGGAAGUGAAUCGUACUAUUGAUCUACUCGCAAGGCUAGUUUCGGAAUCAGAAACCAAAUUGCUGCCGUGGGUAGCGCUUCACGUGCAGGGUUUCUCUAAUGUGCCAAUCGGGCGCGGUGAUCAGGGUGAGAAAGGGAUUUGUUGGGAUAGCGAUAACGCGUACACAAUUAUAAUAGAUAAGUUUGGCAAGGUGCUAUGGAAUCAAAUGACGGGUAUCAGUGGAAGAGGACCAAUACAAAAAGAGUGA